AUGUCAAUCCUGAAUUAUUCCAUCUGUCCAAUUACUUUAGUUUUUGCAUGCUUGGUCAUCCUUGACUUGCUCUCCUGUUCUGGAGUCAAUGCUGCUUCUGAUCAAAUGCAUGCAGCAUCAAGGACUGCAAGUGAAGGGAAAGCUCUUUUAACAUGGAAAGCUAGUCUUGACAAUUAUAGCCAAUCUAAGUUGUCAUCCUGGUCAUCUUCUGCAAAUCCUUGCAGCGCCUGGGAUGGAGUUCGAUGCAACAAAGCUGGACGAGUAUCGGUGAUUAACAUCACUAGUUCUGGCAUCAGAGGUACACUUGAUCAUCUCAAUUUCUCGUCUCUACCCCAUCUAACUACAAUUGAGCUUUCUCAAAAUGCACUCCGUGGGACCAUUCCAUCCAACAUUGAACACCUUUCCAGACUAACCUAUCUUGGCUUCUGGUCAAAUCAAUUGUCUGGUGCCAUUCCUAUUGAAAUCAGCCAACUAACCAAUCUUAGGUUCUUGUACCUUUCAAAUAACUCAUUCAAUGGAUCAAUCCCUACUUCAAUUGGCAAUCUGACAGGCCUAACCAUGCUAAACCUAGGAACCAACAAACUUUCAGGAUCCAUUCCAGAAGAGAUUGGGAAGCUCAAAUCUCUGACGAAACUCUCUUUAGCUGACAAUAUGCUCACAGGUCGGAUUCCUCUGUCUGUUGGAAACUUAAGUGGCUUGACUCUGCUGUAUCUUUUCCAAAAUUAUCUUUCUGGACCUAUUCCCAAAGUAAUUGGAAACUUGACAAAGCUAAAUGAAUUAAGUCUAUUUGGGAACCAGCUAUCAGGUCCCAUUCCAGAAGAGAUUGGGGAGCUCAAAUCUCUUACUGGACUCUCUUUAGCUAACAACACGCUCACAGGUCCAAUUCCUCUGUCUAUUGGAAACUUAAGUGAUCUGACUCUGCUGUAUCUUUACCAAAAUUAUCUUUCAGGUCCCAUCCCAGAAGAGAUUGGGGAGCUCAAAUCUCUUACUGGACUCUCUUUAGCUAACAACACGCUCACAGGUCCAAUUCCUCUGUCUAUUGGAAACUUAAGUGAUCUGACUCUGCUGUAUCUUUACCAAAAUUAUCUUUCAGGUCCCAUCCCAGAAGAGAUUGGGAAACUGAAAUCUCUGACAAAACUCACUUUAGCUAACAAUACGCUAACAGGUCGGAUUCCUCUGUCUAUUGGAAACUUAAGUGACUUGUCUCUGCUGUAUCUUUACCAAAAUUAUCUUUCAGGUCCCAUCCCAGAAGAGAUUGGGAAAUUGAAAUCUCUGACAGAACUCUUUUUAUAUAACAAUAUGCUAACAGGUCGGAUUCCUCUGUCUAUUGGAAACUUAAGUGACUUGACUCUGCUGAGUCUUCAACAAAAUUAUCUUUCAGGUCCCAUCCCAGAAGAGAUUGGGAAACUGAAAUCUCUGACAAAACUCACUUUAGCUAACAAUACUUUAACAGGUCGGAUCCCUCUGUCUAUUGGAAACUUAAGUGGCUUGACUCUGCUGUAUCUUUUCCAAAAUUAUCUUUCCGAACAGAUUCCUUCUGCCAUAGGAAAUUUAACCAAUCUCAUUGGCUUGGAUCUUUCUCAAAACAACUUAUAUGGGGCUAUCCCUCCCGAAUUGGGAACAUUGAAGCUACUAGCUUAUAUUGAUAUUUUCAAAAACCAGCUAAGCGGUGCUCUGCCCGAUGGAUUCAACAAUCUUACACAUUUAAAUAGGGUAGGGCUGUCUCAAAAUCAUUUUACUGGUCAUUUACCCCAAAAUAUUUGCAUUGGUAGCUCAUUGACGUGGUUCGUAGUAUCUGAAAAUAACUUUGUCGGUGCUAUACCAAGGAGCUUGAAAAACUGUUCUACUUUAAGAAGAAUUAUUGCCGCUGACAACCAACUAUCAGGAAAUAUUUCUGAAGAAUUUAGCGUCUCUCCAUAUGUCGAGCAUAUUAAUUUAAACAAUAACAAAUUUUUUGGUCAGUUGCCUUGGAAUUGGAGCGGCUAUCUGACUUUGACAGAGUUGAGGAUCUCGAACAAUAAUCUUUCAGGCAGAAUACCAGCUGGGCUUGGAGAGGUAUCUCGUCUGCAAAAACUUCAUCUCUUCAAAUCACUUGCAUGGGGAGAUCCCUAG